UUUUGACUAAAUAGAUGUUCCGAGAAACGCAUAUAUUUGCCGCACUUCUCACUCAGUUUCGCUUUCCUGGCUCCCGGAUCCGGAUCCUGCGCCCCGCGGUUCGUCCCGUCAGCUGCUGCGCAUCUGCAAAUCAUGCAGGAUGAUCCUGCGGGGGUGAAAUCCACGCAGUCAGCGGCACAGGACGACCCAACUGACACCCGGCUCAGACACAACGCCAGCUUUCCAGAUCCGGAUCCGGAUCGUUUUUGCGCGUGUGACCUUCAUCGCGGUCCAAACAGGCGGUUCGGUCAGUCGCCACCCCCCGGUUUAAGUCACCUGCCGCAGAGGCUGCCGGACCCCCGCGGAUCUCCAGACGAACACACCGAAGCCGAUGCUGCGUCGCCGUCGCCCACUUCCGUAAAUCCGAGCAAGAUCCAAAUGGACUCCCCCAUCGCCCACCACAUAAAUAACGGCAAUGGCAGCAGCAGCACCGGCAGCAUGUUGUCCGGAGGUCUCGGCGCCGCCUUCCCGAACCUCCCCGCGCAGGAGAUGCAGAGCGCCAGCGGCGGCUCGUCCUCGCCCCCCCUCCCCGGGUUCGGCACCGCCUGGUCCGUCCAGACCAGCUCCUCGCCGCCUCCCGCACCCUCCUCCGUCAACCCCAUCCCCAUCAACCAGCUGUCCAACGCCGACUCCGACAACAGCUUCUACCCGGGCAUCCCUUCCUCCAUCAACCCGGCUUUCUUCCAGAGUUUCUCUCCGGUGUCCGCUAAUCCGUGCGCCGGGAUUAACGUGCAGGGCUUCAGCGGGCCUUUCUCCCCGCAGAUUAACGUCCCUCAGCAGGCGCAGAGCCGCAGGUCCCCCCUCAGCCCGCAGAUGCACCCCCAGCAGGGCGCCUUCCUGCAGCAGAGGAACAACUACAACCAACAUCAGCCCAUGGUGAAGCAGUCUCCCUGGGCCAGUCACCAGGGAACAGGCUGGGGCUCUGGCGGGAUGUCAUGGGGUCGCGACCACCGCAGAGGGAGCGGCAUGGGCGUACCCGGCUCAGUCAGUCACAUCUCACCGCUGAAGAAGCCCUUCUCCAGCAACGUCAUCGCACCUCCCAAGUUCCCACGCUCUGCCGGAUCACUGGGGCCUAAAUCCUGGAUAGAGGAGAACUUGUUUCGCACAGACAGCAACAGCAACACCUUGUUGCCUCUACAGGACCGCUCCAGAAUGUACGACAGCCUGAACAUGCACUCUCUGGAGAGCUCGCUGAUCGACAUCAUGAGGGCCGAGCAGGAUCCGAUGAAGGCCAGGAGCUAUGGGAGACGUCGAGGCCGUAGCUCUCUCUUCCCCAUUGAUGACAAUCUCCUUGAUGAUGGCCACGGCAACCAGGGUGUCCCAGGAGUCCUCGGAUCCCCCAACUGUUACCCCCACCAAAACGGGGAACGCAUUGAACGCUUCUCCCGGAAGGUGUUUGUAGGAGGUUUGCCCCCUGACAUCGAUGAAGAUGAAAUUACUUCAAGUUUCCGGCGUUUUGGACAUCUGGUGGUGGACUGGCCACACAAAGCAGAGAGCAAAUCGUACUUUCCACCUAAAGGAUACGCCUUCCUGCUGUUCCAGGAGGAGAGCUCAGUCCAGGCUUUGAUUGAAGCCUGCAUGGAGGAGGAUGGGAAGCUAUACCUUUGUGUCUCCAGCCCCACCAUCAAAGACAAACCUGUGCAGAUUCGACCUUGGAACCUGAGCGACAGUGAUUUUGUGAUGGAUGGCUCUCAACCCCUUGAUCCCCGGAAGACCAUCUUUGUGGGAGGUGUUCCUCGUCCCCUGAGAGCAAUUGAACUGGCCAUGAUUAUGGAUCGUCUCUACGGGGGAGUUUGCUAUGCCGGAAUCGACACAGAUCCAGAGCUCAAGUACCCCAAGGGGGCGGGGCGAGUGGCCUUCUCCAAUCAGCAGAGUUAUAUUGCUGCCAUCAGUGCAAGAUUUGUCCAGCUGCAGCACGGCGACAUAGACAAGCGGGUGGAGGUGAAGCCGUACGUCCUGGACGACCAGCUGUGUGACGAGUGUCAGGGUGCACGCUGCGGGGGGAAAUUUGCUCCAUUUUUCUGUGCUAAUGUCACCUGUCUUCAGUACUACUGCGAAUUCUGCUGGGCCAACAUCCACUCCCGCGCCGGGCGAGAGUUUCACAAACCCCUGGUCAAAGAGGGCGCCGACCGCCCGCGUCAAAUUCACUUCCGCUGGAACUAAAGAUGCGUCCACGGCACAGACAGAGGGCAGGAAAGUAAAACACUGGCUAACAGGAUAAAGAGCUUUGCUUCCCCCCCCCCCCCCCCCCCCCCCCCCCACUCCUGCUCUCCUACGCUAUCAGUAUAAUCGAGUACUUACCACUACACAGUAUACAGUAACAGUACAUAUACAAUAUAUCUUUUGUAGCAGCCAAACACCACAAGCCUCAGUUUUUCACCAAAACCCCCCACACAUCUCAGGCUCUGACAACUGUACAACUCUUUUGUGGUACUUUCAUCUUUUCUAAGAGGAGAUUUUAAAAAA